AUGCCCUCUUUUCCUCAGAAAUUAAGAGCUGCCAUUGCCUCAACCUAUUAUGCAAACCUUGGCAUAGAGGAAGACGAUAUAUUUGUGUCCGAUGGUGCCAAAAGUGACAUAUCUCGCCUUCAGGUUCUUUUCGGGUCUAAUGUGACAAUGGCAGUUCAGGACCCAUCUUACCCGGCUUACGUGGACUCGAGCGUCAUUCUGGGUCAGACUGGGCAGUUUCAGAAAGAUGUAGAGAAGUAUGGAAAUAUUGAAUAUAUGAGGUGUACACCCGAAAAUGGUUUCUUCCCCGACUUAUCCAAAGUCAAGCGGACAGACAUCAUAUUCUUCUGUUCUCCCAAUAACCCAACUGGCUCUGCUGCUUCCAGAGAGCAACUAACUAAUCUCGUACAGUUUGCCAAAGAAAAUGGGUCGAUCAUUGUCUAUGACUCUGCCUAUGCUAUGUACGUGUCAGAUGAUAGUCCGCGUUCCAUUUUCGAAAUUCCUGGGGCCAAGGAGGUUGCGCUCGAAGUUUCUUCCUUUUCCAAGUAUGCCGGGUUCACUGGAGUUCGACUCGGUUGGACUGCGAUUCCUAAAGAGCUUCUCUAUUCUGACGGUUUUCCUUUGGCCAAGGACUUUAACCGUAUAGUUUGUACCUGUUUCAAUGGCGCAUCUAACAUUGCACAAGCUGGUGGUUUGGCUUGCGUUUCAGAUGAGGGCAUUAAGAAAACAGUGGCUGAGAUUGAGAAGCUCCAUUUGACAGUUGUCAAUAGCAGCAUCAUCAGCUUUGGAGAUUCAGCUCUCAAUAUUACAGUUGUUGCACAGAAGGAUGAAGAGUUUGGUAUGAGCACGAAGGAGUUCGUGAAGAAUUUACGGGCCGCGCUCACGAUGUUCAUGUGA